CCUUUCUCCCUCGUUCUCUUUGGUUGUGCCCGCAUGUCUAUCUUUUUACAGCCUAAUCCCACAUAUUGCUACCAAUCAGUCGACGGUGGAUGCCAACGUGGGGCAGAACAUUGUCCAUUGCGACAUGAUCUUCAACGAUGCUCUUGUGGCCGUGUGUUGCUCCUUGAUGUGGACAUGCAAGCUCACCUGGCUGGGAGAAGGCACCGUGAAGACCUUCGUGAGCUGAGAAUGAGACGACAAGAACACCAACGAGUUCCAGAAGCUCUCGUCAACGAGGAAGAAGAAGCCACGCCCUGCGACCGCUGUGGGGCGAUGCUAGCCCAAUAUGAGCAGAAACGACAUCUCCAAAUGCACCUCAGAACGCGCCGAAGGCUGUUUGCGGACGCCAAUGCGAUGGAUUUGGAGGCGGAGGCAGACAAGCACACAAUUUCGGUCUCACACCGAGAUGGCAUCGACUUUGGUGUCGUCGGUCUCGAAGACUCACUCCCUGUUGAUAUCACCGUACUCAAGGCCGGGAUGGACCGCAUCGUGCUAGAGACAUUGGCCAUGAGGAAUUUGGCCUCCAAAUUCUCCGCAACCCUUGCUGGCAAAAGUCGAUGGGUCACGCACAUCCGAGCUCGCACACUCUGCAUUCGGUUUGUUCCAGAGAUCGAAGGCGAAUUCAAGGACGUGUUGGAGCUUGUGUUUCUCAAUGUCACCACACGCGAGCGGUUUUUGAUCACGCGCAAAGUGACCGCCACGGUUGGUUCCAAAGAGGACCAUGAAUUGCUCAAGCCGACCUCUGAAUACGUGCGGCGGCCACGUCCCACACCGAUUCCAUUCAAGGGGAAGGUUAUUCAGAGUAUCCGUCCUCCAACUUGGGGUCCCAACGCGUGGAAGUCCAAGCUGUUGCCAUACGAACCACCUGCGGACCUGAUCAAUGUCGCAUUUGGGUCACCUCAUGGGAGGGACGUGGCAAGAGGCGUCAAGAGAUUGAACUUGGAGUUAUAUGCGAUGACGGAUGUGGAGUUGAAGCCCAAUCAUCCUCGUUAUGAUCUUCAAGUCAAGGGCCUUGAGGAAGGCCGGCCAAGUGUAGUCAUUGGAGAUUUCAUCCGUGUCAAGCACACGGGCAGCGAAGACGGUCCAUGGUAUGAGGGGAGGGUUCAUCAAGUCCACCAGAACCACGUCAGCCUGCGGUUCGGAGACGAGUUCAGCACCUACAGGGGAAACAAAUUUGAUGUUCGCUUCACGCUAAACCGACUGCCACUUCGGCGAAUGCAUCAAGCGUUGACGAAUAAGUCAAACCCGCAGCGCCUUUUAUUUCCAGACGCGCGUGCGCCGUCCCUGAACCGGCGGUCUUCAACGGCAGAGAUGGACCAAAUACUACCCGUAAACCGUCUUGUUGCCGAAGACAAGGAACAGCUAGAGACAGUUGCUGCUAUAUUGCAUCGCCCGAAGGGGGAGUGUUCCCUUCGUGGUUUUUGGGCCGUAUGUCAAAUGGUUUCAUCUACACUUUUCUUGGUGGCUAAUGCGAGGAGCAGACCCGGAACAGGCAAGACGGUGACCAUUGUGGAGGCGAUUAAGCAAAUUGUCCUCAAAGACCCGAAUGCGCGUGUUCUAGCGUGUGCUCCGAGCAACUCCGCGGCGGAUUUAAUGGCUCAAAGGCUGGCAUCGACGACGGAGAGUCUUUUACGACUUAACUCCCUGACUCGAAAGCAUGGUGACCUGCCCAAGGAUCUGCAGAAAUAUUCCUUGAUCAACGGAAACCUGACGUUUGUCCUCCCCAUCCUGGAGGACCUCGAGAAGUACCGUGUUGUUGUCUCAACGUGUCUCUCCGGAGGCGUGCCCGCCCAGCUAGGAAUUAAACGUGGGUAUUAUUCACAUAUCUUUGUUGACGAGGCUGGGCAGGCGACCGAGCCAGAGGUCAUGCUCCCAAUCAAGAGCCUUGCAGAUGUGAACACAAAUAUCGUCCUUGCAGGUGAUAUUAAACAGCUUGGCCCCAUAGUGCAGUCAUCAUUGGCGGCUAGCUUGGGUCUUUCGAAGAGUUAUCUUGUGCGCUUGAUGCAGCGCGAUAUAUAUAGUCUAGAAGCAGAUGCGCCUGUUGGUGGGCGCGGUAUCAAUAUCGUCAAGUUGGUGAAUAAUUUCCGGUCACACCCGGCUAUCUUGAAUUUCUCGAAUAAUCAAUUUUAUGACGGAGAAUUGGUAUCAUGCGGGAAUCCCGCACUCAUCAAGAGUCUCGAGAACUCGGAUGAAUUGCCCCGCAAGAAAUUCCCGUUGAUUUUCCACGGAAUCGCUGGUAAAGACCAGCGAGAAGGGUUCUCCCCUUCGUUUUUCAAUAUUGACGAAGCUACGAUCGUCAAGAAAUAUGUUGGUUCAUUAUUGUCCAACAAGAAGCUUCGGCUGAGAGCUGAGGAUAUCGGGAUUAUCACUCCCUACCAUGCCCAGCGGUGCAAGAUAAACUUGUUGCUCUCCAAGGAGCCCAAGUUCAAAGGCAUCACUGUCGGGAGCGUUGAAGAGUUCCAGGGCCAAGCAUGUUUCUCUGAUGCCAACGGAGAACGGAGGGUGAUAAUUAUGUCGACAGUCAGGAGCAACACCAACUAUGUCGAAUCAGACAUUCGAAAGUCGCUUGGCUUCGUGGCGAGCCCGCAACGUUUCAAUGUCGCCAUCACGCGAGCGCAGGCGCUCCUUAUCGUCGUGGGGAACCCGGAUGUUCUCAGCCUCGACCCUCUCUGGCGAGAGUUUAUGAACUAUGUGCAUUCUGGUGGUGGUUGGCGCGGCAAAACGAUUUCAUGGGACCCGGAAGUGCCAGUCAGCCAGUCGACGCCUGAUGUAUACGACCGCGCGAUGAAGCGAAAGGCGGAGGGAGAUGCAGAAGAAACGAUGGCACGCUUAAAGGCCCUCAUACUCCGCAGGAACGACGAUUCCGACUUGGAGUUGGACCUUUCUGAUGACGAGCCAGAAUGGGGCACGGGUAUCGAACAGCCCAUCCGCUGGGACGCAGAAUAA